AUGCAAAUCUAUCAUAUUUUGAAGAGAGAUGCAGUAAAUGAACAAAUCUAUCACAAUAUUUUAACGAGAGAUGCAAUAAAUGAACAAAUCUAUCACAAUAUUUUGACGAGAGAUGCAGUAAAUGAACAAAUCUAUCACAAUAUUUUAACGAGAGAUGCAAUAAAUGAACAAAUCUAUCACAAUAUUUUGACGAGAGAUGCAUUAUCUAUCGCUUUGUCUAUAUUGAUAUUAGAAAUUGGCGCUGGCCUUGAGGUUCUUCUACAAAGAUAUACAAACACUUCACACGCCCAUAAGCAGACCGCUCAUUUUUCUCCGACACACACCAGUUCGCAAUUAAAAUUGAACAUCAAUGAUGUUUCUUCGCUUUUUAUUUCUUCCUUUACUCGCUUAUUUUUCUUUUCUUUUUUUAUUUUGUUUUCCUCGCAUAUUUUUCCACACUUUUUUCUUGCAAUCCUAUUUUAUUUUCUUGAUUUCCUAACUUUCCUCUCUUUUUUUUUCUUGCUUUUCUCGUUUAUUUUUUCUCAUUUUUUCUUCGUUUCUCGAUUUUUCCCUCGAUUUUUUCUUGCUUUUCUCAAUUAUUUUUCCGUUCUUUUUAUUUUUUUCCUUUAUUUUCUUCCAUUUUUCUUUGAUUUUUUUUUUGCAUUCCUUGCUUAUUUUUUCUCUUUUUCUCUGAUUUCCCUCGCUUAUCUCUUCUCUUUCUAUUACUUUCCUUGUUUAUUUUUCCUCUUUAUCUCUUACUUCCCUCGCUUAUCUCCUCUCUUUCUCUUACUUUCCUUGCUUAUUUUUUCUCUUUCUCUUACUUUCCUUGCUUAUUUUUCCUCUUUUUUCUUGCUUUAUUCGCAUAUUUUUCCCCCUCUUUUUUCUUGUUUUCCUGACUUAUUUCGAUCACUCUUUCUUUUUUACUUACCUCGAUUAUUGUUCCUCUCUUUUUUCUCUUGCUUUCCUCAUUUAUUUUUUCCUCUCAUUUUUUCUUGCUUUCUUCGUUUAUUUUCUCCUUUUCUUUUUGUUUUCUUUGCUUUUUUCCCCAUCUAUUUUGCUUUCUUUCCGCGCUUAUUUUUUUCUCUUUUUUUCUUGCUUUUCUUGAUUAUUUCUUCUCUCUUUUUUUUUCUUGCUUUCUUCGUUUAUUUUAUUAUUUUUUUUUCUUAUCCCAUUCCCCUAAAUGAUCGUCCUUCUUUCCUUCCAUCGACAACAAAAUGUACACUUGCUUCCAUCCCCCUCUUUCUUUCUCUCUCUCUCUCUUACUCUUUUCUUUCGUUUUCUCUCCAUCCCUCUUUCUUACUCUUUACCAUCGCCUUCACUCCUUUUCUCUUUUUCACUAUCCAUCCACCCCCCCUCUCUCUCUCUCUCUCUUACUCUUUUCUUUCGUUUUCUCUCCAUCCCUCUUUCUUACUCUUUACCAUCACCUUCUCUCCUUCUCUCUUUCUCUUCUCUUUUCACUAUCCAUCCGCCCCCCCUCUCUCUCUCUCUCUCUACUUUUUCUUUCGUUUUCUCUCAUCCCUCUUUCUUACUCUUUACCAUCACCUUCUCUCCUUCUCUUUUCUCUUCUCUUUCACUAUCCAUCCCCCCCCUCUCUCUCUCUCUCUCUCUCUCUUACUGUUUUCUUUCGUUUUCUCUCCUUCCCUCUUUCUUACUCUUUACCAUCGCCUUCUCUCCUUCUCUCUUUCUCUUCUCUUUUUCACUAUCCAUCCGCCCCCCUCUCUCUCUCUCUCUUACUCUUUUCUUUCGUUUUCUCUCCAUCCCUCUUUCUUACUCUUUACCAUCACCUUCUCUCAUUCUCUCUUUCUCUUCUCUUUUUCACUAUCCAUCCAUGCCCCCUCUCUCUCUCUUACUCUUGUACUAUAG